AAACGGCCUUUAUAAACAGCAGUAUGACGAGAGUCUGGCAUGAAUCUCCUACAGCUCCAGUGUCAUUCUGAAGGAGGCAGUGCUGCGUUAUAGACGUCCACAGCUUCACACGACCGCUCAGCCUGUCCUCUUCUGCCGAGAUGGACUACGAAUGCCGCUGUUCGGAAGAUUCUAAUGGACGACCCAACGCCAUCCUGUUCAACAUCCUCAGCCAGGCCCCAAAUAGUGAGCCAGCGAGGAGCAACCUGAACUAUCUGCCUUCCAACAGAUGCCACUGCGAGAUGCGCAGGACUGUGCGGCUCAAGACGCCCAGUGACACGUGCCAGGUGGCCUCCAGCAUUUUGGUGAAGACCAUCUACUUCAUGAAGAGCUUACCAGCCUUCCAGCAGCUUCCACCAAAAGAUCAGCUGGUGUUGCUGCAGAGUUGCUGGGCACCGCUCUUCAUCCUGGGCCUGGCACAAGAGCAUGUUAGCUUCGAGGUAGAGGACAUGCAGGCCCCCAGCAUGCUGAAGAGGAUCCUCCUGAACCGCCAGGAUGUGAAGGAACCAGACAGAGAGCAGCCCACUCUGGCAGGGGUCCAGAAACUCAAAUCCUGCUUGAAGAAGUUCUGGAGUCUGGACCUGAGCCCAAAGGAGUAUGCAUACCUUAAAGGAACCAUGAUAUUCAAUCCAGACGUGCCAGGCCUGCGGGCAGUGCUCUUCAUUGAGGGGCUCCAGCAGGAAGCCCAGCAUGCUCUGAAGGAAGUUCUGGCCCUUCUACAUCCAGAAGAUCAUGGACGCUUUGCACGUCUGCUGCUGGCUGGAUCUUCUCUGAAGACCAUCACUCCAGGCCUCAUCACCGAGCUGUUCUUCAGACCAAUCAUCAGCCAGGCUCACCUGCUGGACCUGCUGGCAGACAUGCUCUUCAGCAGGUAGCCAAACACCUGGAGGAACACACCUAGAACUGAAGUGACUGGACAGUGGUCGUGUUGUUGCCUCUAAUAAGAAAGAUAUGAACAGGUUACACAGUUGUUUACAUGUUUUGCACCUUUGAAAAUGUUUAUUCAGGUUACAGAAGAAUGAGAUGUUUGUUGUUUUGUGUUCUUGUUUGUCUUUGUCAGAUGAUGCUUUAUGUAAUGUGUGACUUUUUAAGACAGCCCUUUCAAAAACCCUUUUACUAAUCUCCAGAUCUGAGGGAGGUGAUGAAUUUAGUCUCUAAGAGACUGUUUGUUUGUUCCUGUUUGAUGACUUCAGUUCUUCCUGAAUGUUUCUGGAUGUUCCUGAGCAUUUCAAAGUAAAAUGUAUUUUUCUACUCAAA